AUGGGUCUCUUCAGCAGAAAGAGCUCCAAGCCAGCAAUCUCCCCCGGUGGCAGCCAGCCGAACAUGAGCAAUGGCUCGCUCAAGUCCCCUGCACCCUCCACUGCAAAUGGGAAGUCGCGCAUGAGCUUCCCCGACGUGCCUCUACCAAGAGCACCAGACCCAACUCUCGACCCUGCCGCCUAUCUGCGCAGCAUCUACGCCGUCCGCGAGAGGACUCGCCUGGUCUUGGAGAAGGCGAGGAAGAACCAGCUGAAGCACUUCACCGUUGAUAUGGCCAAGUUCCAGGACACGGCCACUUAUGUGGUCGCAAUCAUCAAGCGCGAUUACGCUCCCGACUACGCCUCCAUCCCUCCUCACGGCCGGUGGCAGCAUUUCGAUGUGGGUGGCCGACCGCGCGUUGACCAGCUCAUGGCCUCAUGGCCUUCGACCGUCGAUAAUCAGGAGCGAACGCGUCGUUUGAUUGACCUUUUCCUCGUUUCCGUACUGUUGGACGCUGGCGCAGGCACAAAGUGGCAGUACCGCAGUAAAGAGUCUGGGAAGAUUUACCGCAGAAGUGAGGGACUGGCAGUUGCUAGUCUGGAGAUGUUCAAGGCUGGUAUCUUCAGCAGCAACCCCAACGAGCCUUGCCAGGUCGAUAGCGCAGGUUUGAAAAAGCUCGAUAUCAAUGUGCUGGCGCGAGGACUCCAGGUCACCGACGCCAACGUCAUCGAUGGAUUGGAAGGGCGCGCUGGUCUGCUCAUGCGACUGGGCGACGCAUUGCAGAAUCAAGAGGUCUUUGGGCUCGAGGCACGCCCCGGAAACAUGCUCGACUUCCUGCUCUCGCACCCUUCAACACAAGCCUCGUCUGUGCCUAUCAUCCCUCUCCCUACCCUCUGGAACGUUCUCAUGGACAGUUUGGCUCCAAUUUGGCCCGCAACCCGAACGCAGAUUGACGGCAUCUCUCUCGGUGACGCGUGGCCUUGCUCUGUCAUGCCGUCGCAUCCUACGCAUCCCUGGGAAAACAUCGUACCGUUUCACAAACUCACACAGUGGCUGGCUUACUCGCUUAUGGUUCCAAUGACCAAGUUGCUCAAUGUACACUUUGCCGGCGCUGAUCUCCUCACGGGCCUGCCAGAAUACCGCAACGGCGGUCUUUUUAUUGACACGGGGCUUCUGACACUAAAACCCGAAGACGCGAAGCGUGGUCUAGCCCAGUACCAGCGAAAUGCGCAAAACAAGGGACAGCCUAGCAUGGAAGUGGUGCCACUUUUUACAGCAGACGACGAUGUCAUUGUAGAAUGGCGUGCGGUCACAGUAGGGUUGCUCGACGAGUUGCUGGUGGAGGUGAACUCUUUACUAGGACUGAGUGGUUCAAACAAACUGAACUUGGCUCAAAUGCUCGAAGCAGGCAGCUGGAAGGGUGGCCGAGAAAUCGCUGAAGUAUCGCGACCCAACACGAAGGAACCACCGAUCAUGAUCCUAUCCGACGGCACUGUUUUCUAA